AUGAAGAAGUCCGCAGCGCCCGAGGCUUUGUCCGGGGACUCGGAAGAGGACGAGAGGCUUCCGAAAGGGCCGCGCCUGUGCUCCGUGGGCUGUCUGGACAGCCGCCUUUUCUGCACGCAGACUCCCAUAGGUGCGUCCCUCGCGCGUUGUUCUUCAGUUUCUCUUUUUGGCCGGGUCUCUGUCGCGUAUCUCACUUUCUUGUCUCUUAUCAUUUGCCUGGGUCUUGUCGCUGCGCCCUGCGCGGGCCAGAUCGUCACGUACACGAAGCAACCUGUGCCGGACCCAUUCCUCCUCGCUCCCGAGAAGGGUGCGUUUUUUGUCUAUGGCAAAAACACGAAAUUCUACUUCCCCUUCAACCUGUUCGGCUCCGACCCCUCGGCCGCGCUACCCGCUCCGACUGUGACCUUCAAGAAUGUGCGGCUAACCGCGGAGGCGGCGGCGGCAGUGCGCCAGGCUCAGGAACAAGGCGAUUCGGACGCUUCAUCGCCGCCCUUUUCGCCGCGAUCUCCCGUCGCUGUGGAACUCGCCUUGCUCCCCUACGCCUACGUCCGCACGCUCUUCACCUCUCCGUCUGCGGCGCCGUUCUGCUGCUCUGCGCGGCCUGCGGCUGGCGAGGGCGACUCGCAUCCCUCUUUCUCCAUCCCGACUUCUUUCUCGCCCACGAACGAGUGUCCAUAUCCGGGAGCGCUCAAACGUCCGAUCUCCGGCGACGCCGUACCGCUGCUCUCGUCGUCUCUCGGUGCUGAGGGAGGCUCCACGCGCGAGCCGACCUCUCCUCGUGUUUCCUCAUCUGUUCGGGAACCCGCUGGACAGUAUGUCUGCCCACUUACCCUCAGCGGCGAGGCGAGCGAGACGGAGAGAGUCGUCCAGAUGGAGAUCGAAGAUAGCGACAUCUACUUCCUCGUCGCGUCCAACUGCGGAGGCUUCAAGGGCCUCGCGUUCGAGGGCGAAGUCGCCGUCCGGAACGCGUACGGCUACCUGCCGGGGUAUGAGUACCCGAAGAUCCCCUUCUACUUCCUCUUCAUGCUCGUCUACUUGGUCGUCUGCCUCGUCUGGGGGUGUCUGAUGUACAGACAGCGCGCAAACUUGAUCACCUUCCACAAAUUCAUGCUCGUCGUCGCGGUGCUCGGCUUCCUCGAAAGCCUCGCCCUCUUCGUCUACCUGUACGACUACAACAUGCGCGGCGACCGAAACAAAGUGCUGCUUGUCGUCUCCAUCCUCGUCACAGUCGUGAAAAACAUCUUCUCCUACAUGCUCGUGCUCCUUGGAGCAAUCGGCUGGUCCAUCACCAUCCCGGUCCUCGAAAAAAAGACUGUCGUCCGCAUGCAAAUCAUCGUCGUGCUGUACAUCAUUCUCGACACUGUUCGACAAGUCAGCGAUGAAUUCAGCAAUUCUCACUCCCUGCCUCUUGUUCUCCUCCUAACUUGCCUCAUUCCCAUCUCAACCCUCAAUGGAGUUCUCUUUUACUGGAUUAUCUCGUCCAUCAACAACAACAUUGAAAUGUUGCAACAGCAGAAGCAGCACGAGAAACUGCUCAUAUACAGGCGCUUGUACGCGGUCCUCCUCCUGGCAAUUGUCUUGGCUAUCAUCGAUCUUCUCUGUCAAAUCUACGUAGCUUCCUGGGAUGCUUCGGACCGUUGGAGGGACCAGUGGUGGUUGAGCGACGCGAUCCCUCACUUCCUCUUUCUUCUCGUCCUCGCCGCAAUGAUGGCUAUCUGGCGACCUAGCCAGCAAUCCAGACGGCUAGCGUACUUCACGGAGCUGGGCGACGUAGACGAUCUCGAGAAUCACCAUGCUCGCGCAAAGAAUGCUGCGGACUUGCAUGUCUGGGGCGAGGAACUCGACUUCCAUGACCACUUCUCGGAGGAAGAGCUCGAAGCAGGGAUUCCGAACUUCAAGCUGCACUCAUUUGGGUCGUUGAGUGAAGACGGGAACCUAUCGGAUGACGAUCUUCACGGAGACGAGGAAGGCUACCACACCAGCUCACGCUUGACUCCAACAUCUCAGCAACUCCCAACGCCGACGCGGUCAGGCGAGGGAAACAAGCCGCAGCCACAGGUUGUCGGCAGGGAAACGCUGGAUGACGAAGUGGAAAUGACGACGCAAGAUGGCGCGUCGACAAAUGGCCGCAGAUUAGACCAUGGGCAGGAGGGCUUGUGA